AUGGCCGUAAAGAGGGCUGGCUACGAGACGAUCCCCGCAUACGCCAAGCUGCAAUUCAAGCAAGAGGAUUACGCUUACUAUCUUCAAUGCCUCUCUAUUAAUAUAGGCAGGCGGUGCGCGAUAGCAGCGACCAAGACAGCGGCUACGACGGCGACAACGUCACCCAAUUCUCCUCCUCCAGCGGUAGACGUCGACCUCGGCGCCUCGAAAUCCAUCAGCCGGCUGCACGCCAGCAUCAGCUACGAUUUCGAGACGCAGCUGUUCAAUCUCAACGUGCACUCAAACAAUGGCCUCUGGGUCGAUGGAUUGUGGUAUGGCAGAGGUGCGCGGAUCGAGCUAGCGCGGAGGGUCAAGAUACAGAUAGCCACCAAGGUGUUCUGGUUCAUCAUGCCUGCUGAGCACGACAUGAUAGCGACGUCGACGAAGCAGCCAAGCAAAAAGGCGGCAAAGGCGGGUGGAAUGGGUGUAGGAGGUGCAGCAUCAGGAGCUGGAGUAGCACCAGCACCAACAACCUCCAAAUCUAACACCCACACCCCCUCCAACAUACCAACCCACCCCCAAGCUACUCACCUCACUCUCAACAACAACCUCAGACCGAAUGUCGCCUACACCACACUCAUCAAUGCUGAACUGCACGACGCAGGUGUUAAGCUAUCCGCAGGGGAAAUAUGCGAGCGGUUGAUGCACAAGUAUGAGUGGUUUUCCCAGAACAGAGACAGUGGUUGGCAGACAGCAAUUUUGUUGCACCUCGCGAGUGGGAAGCAAUACCACAAAAUGGAGGCUAGUGCGAAUCAAUACACGACGAAAUGGACAACUACGCACAUAUUCGAGACAUGGCUAGCGAAUAAGGCCCUCUCACCCCGUUCCAUCCAGCUGUCGAUUGCGGCGAACAAGACACAGCCAUCGCAUGCUAAGAACGAUGUAGCCAAAGCAGCUAAAGCUAUGGCGACGCAGAGCACAGCCGCUAUCAGCUCACUUGCACCGGAUAUGCACGUUAAUAUGAAAGUGCAGAAUCUCAAACAGCCGCAAAUGCCAAUAACAAUGAAUAACGCAGGGACAUUGUUACUUCACCCGGAUAUAUUCGGUGGGGUCAGCAAGGAGCAGCUGCAAGGGUUGCGAGUUGUGCCGUUUACUAACGUUCUCACUUUUCUACAUAACACCAUCUCUUCAAAGGCUUUCGAGAGGUUGAGUAAUGGUAAAGGACUCGGAACUGGGUUUGCAGCUAUACAGCAACAGCAAUCUAAAUCAACUACCUCGGCUGCUCGUAUACAGGCUCAGAAGAAGGCAGAAGCUGAGAGGGAGCAAAGGGAGCAGAUGGAGCAGAAGGAGCGGAAGAAGAAAGAGGAAGAAGAAGCUGCCCAACAGACACAACAAAAUAGCAUGAAUAGUCUGCUGGCUAUGCUGGCUAAUCAGAACCAAGGUCAGAUAAUGGAUGCAAAUGAUAGUGCGAGUGGUGCAGAGACAAUGGAUUUGCUUGCGAUGCUCCAACCGCAGGAUCAAGGGAGUGAGAGAGGGGAGAGUAAUGAGUUAAGUGAGAUGGAUGAAAGUAAUGAGAGUAAUUGGAGCAACUGGCCGAAUAAGAAGAUGAGGUUUUGA